AUGGAAGCAAAUGCGGGUAUGGUUGCUGGGUCUUACAGGAGGAAUGAAUUGGUUCGGAUUCGACAUGAUUCUGAUAGUGGGCCCAAACCCCUCAAAAAUUUGAAUGGGCAAACAUGCCAGAUUUGUGGGGAUAAUGUUGGAGUUACAGAGAAUGGUGACAUCUUUGUUGCUUGCAAUGAGUGUGCUUUCCCAGUUUGCCGUCCUUGUUAUGAGUACGAGCGAAAAGAUGGGACUCAGUCUUGCCCCCAGUGCAAGACUAGGUAUCGAAGGCACAAAGGUAGUCCUCGAGUCGAUGGAGAUGAGGAUGAAGAUGAUGUUGAUGAUCUGGAGAACGAGUUCAAUUAUGGCCAAGGCAUUGGCAAGGCAAGGCGUCAGUGGCAGGGUGAAGAUAUAGAACUUUCUUCAUCCUCCAGACAUGAAUCUCAACCAAUUCCCCUUCUCAUGAAUGGGCAGCCGGUUUCUGGUGAAAUUCCCUGUGUUACACCUGACAAUCAAUCUGUACGAACUACAUCCGGUCCUUUGGGCCCUGCUGAAAGGAAUGUUCACUCAUCUCCUUAUAUUGAUCCAAGACAGCCAGUUCCUGUUAGAAUUGUGGAUCCGUCAAAGGACUUGAAUUCUUAUGGCCUUGGUAAUGUUGACUGGAAGGAGAGGGUUGAAGGUUGGAAGCUCAAACAGGACAAAAAUAUGAUGCAGAUGACCAACAGAUACUCUGAAGGAAAGGGGGACAUGGAAGGCACUGGUUCGAAUGGAGAUGAACUUCAAAUGGCUGAUGAUGCUCGACAACCUUUGAGUCGUGUGGUGCCCAUUGCUUCAUCUUACCUGACUCCUUAUCGUGUUGUGAUCAUUCUGCGGCUUAUUAUUUUGGGAUUCUUCAUGCAAUAUCGUGUAACUCACCCAGUGAAAGAUGCAUAUGGGUUGUGGUUGACAUCUGUUAUCUGUGAGAUCUGGUUUGCCUUGUCCUGGCUUCUGGAUCAAUUUCCAAAAUGGAUGCCUAUCAAUCGUGAGACUUACCUUGACAGGCUAUCAUUGAGAUAUGACCGUGAUGGAGAACCAUCACAGUUAGCUCCAAUUGAUGUCUUUGUUAGUACAGUGGAUCCCAUGAAAGAGCCUCCUCUUGUAACAGCAAACACUGUGUUGUCCAUACUUUCUGUUGAUUACCCUGUCGACAAAGUAUCAUGCUAUGUUUCAGAUGAUGGUUCUGCAAUGUUGACAUUUGAAGCCCUUUCUGAAACUGCGGAGUUUGCAAGAAAGUGGGUGCCUUUCUGCAAGAAGCACAAUAUUGAGCCUAGGGCCCCUGAGUUUUAUUUUGCCCAAAAGAUUGAUUAUCUGAAAGACAAGAUACAGCCUUCUUUUGUGAAAGAGCGCCGAGCAAUGAAGAGAGAAUAUGAAGAAUUCAAGGUGCGGAUCAAUGCUCUUGUUGCGAAAGCACAGAAGAUGCCAGAAGAAGGUUGGACAAUGCAGGAUGGAACUCCAUGGCCUGGAAACAAUCCCAGGGAUCACCCAGGAAUGAUCCAGGUGUUUUUGGGUCAUAGUGGGGGGGUCGAUACCGAUGGAAAUGAACUACCUCGUCUUGUAUAUGUUUCUCGUGAAAAGAGACCUGGAUUCCAGCAUCACAAGAAAGCCGGAGCCAUGAAUGCACUGAUUCGAGUUUCAGCUGUACUGACCAAUGGUGCCUAUCUUCUGAACGUUGAUUGUGAUCACUACUUCAAUAACAGCAAAGCUCUUAAAGAAGCCAUGUGUUUCAUGAUGGACCCUGCCUAUGGAAGGAAGACAUGCUACGUACAGUUCCCACAACGUUUUGAUGGCAUUGACUUGCAUGAUCGAUAUGCCAAUCGCAAUAUCGUUUUCUUCGAUAUCAACAUGAAGGGUCAGGAUGGCGUCCAGGGGCCUGUGUAUGUCGGAACUGGUUGUUGUUUCAAUCGGCAAGCUCUAUAUGGUUAUGAUCCAGUUUUGACCGAGGAAGAUUUGGAACCAAACAUUAUUGUCAAGAGUUGCUGCGGCUCACGAAAGAAGGGAAAGGGUGGUAAUAAGAAGUAUAUUGACAAGAAGAGGGCAAUGAAAAGAACUGAAUCCACUGUCCCCAUUUUCAACAUGGAAGACAUUGAGGAGGGUGUUGAAGGAUAUGAUGACGAGAGGUCACUUCUUAUGUCGCAGAAGAGUUUGGAAAAGCGCUUUGGUCAGUCACCGGUUUUUAUUGCAGCUACCUUCCAGGAACAGGGAGGCAUUCCACCGACAACCAAUCCUGCAACUCUUUUGAAAGAAGCUAUACAUGUUAUUAGCUGUGGAUAUGAAGACAAGACUGAAUGGGGCAAAGAGAUUGGAUGGAUCUAUGGUUCUGUUACUGAAGAUAUUUUGACUGGGUUCAAGAUGCAUGCUCGUGGUUGGAUAUCAAUCUAUUGCGUGCCUACACGCCCAGCAUUUAAGGGAUCAGCUCCUAUCAAUCUUUCUGAUCGUUUGAACCAGGUUCUUCGAUGGGCCUUGGGAUCUAUUGAGAUUUUGCUGAGCAGGCAUUGCCCCAUAUGGUAUGGAUACAGUGGAAGACUAAAGAUCUUGGAGAGGCUAGCAUACAUUAAUACCAUUGUGUACCCACUAACUUCUCUUCCACUGCUUGCUUACUGUGUACUUCCUGCCAUUUGCCUUGUCACUGGAAAAUUUAUUAUUCCUGAGAUAAGUAACUAUGCUGGCAUGUGGUUCAUUCUCCUUUUCGUCUCCAUUUUUGCUACUGGAAUACUUGAGCUUAGAUGGAGUGGAGUUGGUAUUGAUGACUGGUGGAGAAAUGAACAAUUCUGGGUCAUUGGUGGUACAUCAGCUCAUCUCUUUGCUGUCUUCCAAGGGCUUUUGAAAGUGCUUGCAGGCAUUGAUACCAACUUCACUGUCACUUCAAAAGCAUCUGAUGAAGAUGGGGAUUUUGCGGAGCUUUAUGUGUUCAAAUGGACAUCACUUCUCAUCCCUCCAACCACAGUUAUUUUCCUAAACAUAAUGGGUAUUGUAGCUGGUGUGUCCUAUGCCAUAAACAGUGGGUACCAGUCUUGGGGUCCACUCUUUGGCAAGCUGUUCUUUGCUCUAUGGGUCAUUGCCCAUUUGUAUCCUUUCCUCAAGGGUUUGCUGGGUCGGCAAAAUCGUACACCAACAAUUGUCAUCGUCUGGUCUAUUCUCCUUGCUUCGAUUUUCUCCUUGCUAUGGGUGCGCAUCGACCCCUUCACCUCAGACGCCACAAAAGCCGCCGCAAACGGUCAAUGUGGCAUAAAUUGCUAG